CAGGCCAAGUGGCCGGACGACAAGUUCGAGGCGAUAUUGCGCAAGCCGAGCGCCAAGGCCGGGACGCCUGCCGAGUGGAGGAUCAAGUGUCUGGAUUGUCCUGGCAAGCUAUAUACCCCCGGCCCUGGCGAUUCGCUCUCGAACUUUGAG